AUGAUUAAGAAUUUCUCCUCUUUGCCAUAUGAUAAAGUCUAUUCCAAUCCAUUCGUGAUUGGUGGCUGCAAAUGGCAUCUUCUGGCCUAUCCCAAGGGAAAUAAAUUUAAUAACAGUUUGUCUCUGUAUCUUGUGGUUGAUGAUUCUAGAUCAUUGCCUUGUGGAUGGAAAAGAUACGCCCAGUUCUCCUUAACUAUAGUGAACCAACAAACGGAAAAGCUCUCCCAACGAGGAGGAACAGAGAAACAACAUUGGUUUAAUCAGAGAAACCUUGGCUCGGGUUUUACAUCCAUGAUCCCACUUCCCAACCUUCAUGCCAAACACGGUGGAUUUCUUGUGAACGGAGAAGUCAAGAUUGUUGUGGAGAUAGAUGUUCUUGAAGUCAUUGGAAAGUUAGAUGUAUCAGAGGAGACUUCACCAGUAAUGGAAAGCAUUGAUGUCAACGGGUUUCAAGUUCUUCCCUCACAGGUAGAAUCUGUGAAGUGUAUAUUUGAAAGACACCCAGACUUUGCAUCAAGAUUCCGACCUAAGAAUCGGCACCUGAAGUCAACAUACAUGAAUGUCCUCCUAGGACUAAUUAAGACGUUGUGCCAGUUACCUGAGGAGCUCUCUGAUGAUGAUCUGGAAGAAGCAUUCGUCGCAGUGUCAUACGUGGAAAAGGGAGGCUUUAAAUUGGAUUGGUUGGAGAAGAAGCUUGCAGAAGUUAAGGCAAAGAAGAAAAAAGUGGAGACUGGUAAGGCUCGACUGCAUCAAACGGAGGAAGAGUUGCACAGAUUAAAUCAGAGAUGCUUAGACCUGAAAGCUCUUCUGGAGAAAGAGACCGCAGAUGUGUCAGAGGCGAAUGUUCCACUCUCGUUCGAUGAUGUUGUCUGA